UAUCUAGCUAAUCAUUAAUCUGUGCUAGUGAUUGAACAUUGUUCGGUUUCGGUGUUGUUUGGAUCGGUAAACUCUUGGUAAACGUAAAUAUUAUACUUCGGAUAUUGACUAUUGAUAUAGUUUGGUGUAUUUACCUACUGGAAACUUAAAAGUGCUCGUACUGAGACGAGAUAACAUAAAAGAACAAGUUCUUUAAUAUUUUAAAAUUAUACCUACCACUUUUAUAUUACUUAUUUUGUAUAUGUUAGUAUGCAAUAGGUAAUUAUAAAAAAUAAUGAUUAAUCUGUCAGACAGAUAAAAUAAUGUGAUUUAAUUCAAAUAGUUUUUUUUUAUCAAUGUGCAUUGUGCAGUGUUAAAAACUCUUAACUACUUAUGGAAUGGAAUAGCUGAGCUUAUGAAGGUAACUUCAAACAGGUACCUACGAUACCUUUAACUUGCCACACUGAUCUGAAAACGGAGCAUGACUCAAGUGUACUUUAAAUAGGAAAAACGAUAGUAACAUGUUUGAUCAAUGAGUAAAACGAUAAAUAUUGAAAGAUAAUCAUACCAAAGCGGACUGGUUAUCAGCUGAUAUCGAGUCAAUUUUGAGCGUCAUGUUGCCCAAAAUGUGUUACGCGGUAUCUCGGUUGAACGCCUCUCGUGUUACCAUUCUCAUUAUAACAAUUUACGCGGUUUUUUUGCUUUUCACUUACAACAGAAACCUUUACGAAAUAAGGUCGCAGAGGAAGGACAUCGUAUCGUAUCUUAACCAUAAGGAAAUCAAGUACAUACUUCAAUGGACGCGACGGUUCAGUGCGCCGUUCGAUUUCAUGGGCGAGGGGAAUUCCGCCUUCAUAAAAAACAAAUGCAAACACACUAACUGUUUUGUGACCGACGACAGUGAGUAUUUCAACGAGCAGACAGACUUCGAUGCUAUAGCUUUCAACGGUAGAGACGUUAUACAUUUGUGGCCCUUCCAAUUUCCCGCGAAGCGUUCUCCGAAACAGAAAUACAUCUUCGGUGCGAUGGAAUCCCCUGAUAACUUCCCAGCUUGUGACAAAUCGCUCGACGGUUUCUUCAACUGGACUUGGACUUAUAAACUAGACUCGGAUUUUCGUUGGGGAUACAUAACCGUUUACGAUUUGAAUGGGACUGCUGUAGGUCCAAAGAUAGAUAUGGCGUGGCCUAAACUGAAUCCGAUUACUGAGGACCUUAAGGUUAAAUUGACCAGUAAAUCCAAGGCAGCCGCGUGGUUGGUGUCUCAUUGUGGAACUAAAAGUGGGAGAGAGCAUUUUGUCGAGGAGUUGCAGAAGGAACUCGUUGGUUAUGGAUGGACAGUGGAUAUCUAUGGGAAGUGUGGUCCACUGAGUUGCCAGAAAAGUGGGAAUCAUUCGUGCUUUAAAACCAUAGAGAACGAUUAUUACUUUUACUUGUCGUUCGAAAACUCGUUUUCGGAAGACUAUGUGACGGAGAAGCUUUUGACUGCGCUGAACAAUUAUGCUGUACCGAUUGUCUUUGGAGCGGCCGAUUACACCAGAUUCCUUCCACCGGGCAGUUACCUGAACGCCAGGGAGUUGGGCGCGAAAGAGCUAGCUCGCCAAAUGAGCGAGACUAUAGCAGUCGGCUCGAAGUACCACGACUUCUUCCGCUGGAGGAACCACUACGUCUAUAAAGAGACGUCCUCGGAAGAGGAUAUUUGUAAACUGUGUGAGAUGAUGAACGACGAAGACAAAGUGUCCGAAGUGAGUGUUUGGGAAGACUUUCGGACUUGGUGGAACGGUGAUCGAUAUGAAAUGAACUGUAAUUGACCUCAUGGUGGUUUGACCCUACAAGGACAGCAUAAGAUGAUUUUUUUUUUAAGAAUGUUUUUUGUUUUAAUAUCCUUAUAAAAUGCCUUAUAUUAGGAUAAUAGUUACCUUGCAUAAGAAGAAGCAAGGUAUAAAGUCAAUCUACCUACUUCUUCAUAAAGUUGUGUCUGGGAAAAAAAAAACAAUGUUUUUUUCAGAGGUUUUUUUUUUCGGUAAGAUAUAGAGAACGUCUGACGUUCUCUAUACCAUCGUAGCAUCACUAUGAAUAUGUAUUAAAUACGUAAAAAUAUAUUACGU